AUGACGGACGGCUUCCAGGUCAGCCCGAUCUUCGGGCAAGGCGUUGGAUAUGGCAUGGUAAUUGGACUGGGGGCUGCUUUCGCUGUUGGAAUGUCGUUUGUUUCUUGGGCCCUGAGUCGAUAUUUGGACGAGGUUCAAGAUUCAGAAAUGUUCAUGACCGCCAAACACUCUGUUAAGACAGGUCUGACUGCCUCUGCCGUUGUCUCUUCGUGGACAAUCGCUGCGACGCUCUUGACAUCAACCACUGAGGGUUAUUCUUACGGCAUAUCUGGGCCUUUUUGGUACGCUGCAGGGGCAACUGUGCAAAUCCUCCUUUUCUCUGUGGCCGCCAUCGAGCUUAAGCGGAGAGCACCGAAUGCGCAGACAUUUCUUCAGGUCGCAAAAGUGCGAUAUGGAGCUCCAACGCACAUACUGUUCUGUUGCUAUUCUCAGUUCUAUCAGAUUAUCACUGCGGUCAACCUCUUAGUUGGAGGUUCUGCCGUCUUUUCGAGUUUGACGGGAGUACACACCGUUGUUAUCUACGUUAUCAUGCUUAUGUCUAUCUUCGUCGUCUACACCACCUCUGAUAUUAUCGGUUCUACAGACCGGAUGUGGGACUUGCUCCAAGAAGCCGGAAGACUACAUCCAGUCCCUGGUAAUGCUGAAGGAACAUAUUUGACAAUGCGCAGCGAGAGUGGUGGUUAUAUUGGCCUUAUCUUCGUUGGGACAGGCUUCGCAGCAGCCGUAGACUCGCAGCUUUUCCAAAAGGCAAUCGCGUCAGACCCGAAGAGUACCUCAAUGGGCUACAUCCUGGGUGGAACCUCCUGGUUCACGAUACCAUUCGUCCUGGCGACCACUUAUGGUCUGGCCGCUGCUGCUACCGAGCAUCUGCCUGUCUUUCCAACUUUCCCGAAUCGCAUGACAGAGUACGAAGUUUCGUCCGGUAUGGCGAUGCCAUACGCAGCUAUUGCCAUAAUGGGAAAAGGCGGUGCUGCAGCAAUUCUUUUGAUGGUUUUUAUGGCCGUGACCUCUGCCAUGUCCUCUGAGACCGUCGCGACAACUGCACUUCUGACGUAUAACGUAUACAAAGCAUACAUCAACCCGAAAGCAACAGGGAGACAGAUGAUGAACUUUUCUAACUGGAUCGUCCCCCUCUUCGCUGUUGUAUCAUCCGCCAUUGCUGUUGGCAUGAAUCAUGCCGGCUUCUCUGUCGGCUUCCUCAUCACUGCUAUUGGAAUCGUGGUGGACUCAGCCAUUGUCCCGAUGGCAUGUACUAUCAUGUGGAAGAAGCAGUCGACCGCAGCAGUUAUGCUAGCCCCUAUUAUAUCUUCCAUAGCAGGUAUCAUUGCGUGGCUGCUGACUGCACUGCAUGAGUACGGAACGAUCAACAUCACCACACUCCAGGGGAAUCUUCCGCUCGUCGCCGGCAACAUGAUGUCCCUUACAGGACCCAUUCUCCUCACCCCAGUGAUUACUUAUAUCAGGCCCGAAAAUUUCGACUGGGAGAUAUACAAGCAGAUCAAGCCACCCCAGGACGAGCAAGAGACGCAAACCUCUUUGGCAGCACAAGAGCGAACACCUAGCGAGAUGGAAUCCACGAACGACGCUGAUACGAUAGGCCAUGCACACGAUGAAAAGGGCCUGCUGCGAUCUCGAAAUAUAGCAAUUGGAGUCAGUAUCUUCUUGACUCUUUCGUAUCUGAUCCUGUGGCCCAUCCCCAUGUACGGAACCAGCUACGUCUUCUCUAAAGGCUUCUUCAAGGGCUGGAUCGUCGUUGUCUUUCUAUGGGCCUUCUUUGCCGCGACUACCAUCACCGUUCUGCCGAUCUGGGAGGGUCGAGGCGCGAUCAAGAAGUUAUUUGCCUUUGUCUUCCAUGGUCAGAAGACCGUCCAGGAAGUGGCUCCCAUCACAGUUGGUAUUGAAGUCACCGACAAAGAAGCCAGAGAAUCGACAAUGGAGAAGCAGGGAGAGAUAUUACAAUCUCGAGAAGAGAAGUUUAUCGGUUGA